AUGGAGGAAUUUUCUAGAAUUAGACGAGAGAUUCAUGCCGCGUUAAGUGAUUCAGUGGACACGCGAACAACGAUAGAGAAGCUUCGCGAGCUUAUAGGAAAAGGGGAUGCCGUGCCCAAUUGCUUGCUUCUACAAACGAUUGCAUCGUAUAGUAAGGAUCUGUUCGCAGUACUUGGGGUCAUCUCUGAACUUGGUGACAUAGGAUUCCCAAUGGAAAGCGAAUCUGAUGUUGAUAUGGAGACGACGUUAAUGCCAUAUUUGAACGCUCUUGCUAGUUUCCGCGAAAGAGUCCGAAAU